AUGCUGCAGCGGGUGUUGGCUCGGGAGAAUGUGGACGAGCGGCGGCGCGCGCUGUUUCAGGCUAGCGGCAUCACGACGCACCGCCAGUUGCUGCAGCGCCCAGUGUGGGACGUCGCCCAUGCCGUGGACAUGUCCGUUCGCGAGACGGAGGAGCUAGUGGCCAAGCUCUCGAUCCGACUGGCCCCAGCAAGUCGCUCGGCCUUCGACCUCUUCUUGGAAAGCGCCAACCACCCGACGUUCUUGCGAACAGGACUGGCAGGCAUCGAUCAAGCGCUGAACGGCGGACUGCAUUGCCGAGCAUUGUCAGAAUUUGUGGGCACUUCUGGUAUCGGCAAAAGCCAAGUUGCCAUGACGCUUGCCGUCAUUUGCGCGAUGGAUUACCCAGAGAGCGGUGUUAUGUUUUUCGACGUCGAGCACAACUUCAGUGCUAAACGUCUCCUGCAGAUAACCCUUGCGCGCAUUAGCCUGACAAGUACUGGCCAAGAGGCAAACUUGAAUCAAUUAGCUGCUGGAAUCAUCAAGCGCAUUCGUGUGGUGAAAGUCAAAUCAAUCGCUGUAUUAGCUUCCAAGCUGAAGGAAAUGGAGGAUUCGAUGCAUUCAUUCAGGGUAAAGCUCCUCAUUAUUGACUGCGUGACUACUCUCUUCAACAAGCUCAUAAUGGAGCGACACUCGUUGUAUCGCGCGGUGACGAUCAUAAAGUCAUCCGUGGCAGGCUACGUAGUGCAGCCUUUCACCGUGAAGGAGAAUGGUGUAGUGUCUGUCGAAGACGAGGAGCCACCAGGAGACGUGCCAGAGGAGGACUUCUCUAUCCACGAUGACUUACUCAGCGACAUGGCCAUCAGCGGACUGCAGACGGUGGACCCAGCAUGCACUCUACGAUCCACGCAACAGAGCAACGCAGAGGACCCGGACGCGACGCAGCUCAUUGAGGGAAGCAACGAGGAAUCGCAGUCACACGACCAAGAUGCAACACCUGAAGCUGCAGUGGAGACUGAUGAAACCAGCAGCUUCGACAUCGUGUCCGACUCCAACUCGGAGAACGAGGACGAGUCUUUCUGCUGGGACGUGACAGAGGAGUAG